AUGGCUACAACGGCAGCAAAUACUCAUAGACAAACGAUAGGCUGCGAAGAGUACAGUCUGUACAGCAGCCUGAGUGAAGAUGAGCUUAUAAAGAUGGCCAUCCAGCAGAGUUUGGAAGAGGACUCAGCAGGUCAGCCAGCAGCACAGAGCCCCCAGAAGUCGCUGGUGGCCCGAGCUGGUGAGGUGGCUGCCCCGAGCCGUGCCAGCCCCCACAACCCUCCCUACCGCAUCUACCCCUGGCAAAGAUUGGCAGCCCAGCAGACAGGCCGUGCUCAGCCAUCCAGCUCGGGGGCAGCCUGGGGGGUCAGGCGAAGGCAUGACAGCAGCCUGUUCAGCACAUCCCAGUCCGUAGAAAUUGACCCUGUAGUGGCAGCAAUCAGGGAUGGAGAUGAAAAAGCAGUAAGCAACAUGAUGAAAUCAGGAAAAAACCUUUCUGUACCUAAUAAGGAUGGCUGGAUACCCCUCCAUGAAGCUGCAUACUAUGGCCAAGUGGGCUGCCUGAGCCUGUUGCAAAAAGCGUACCCAGGCACCAUCGACCAGCGCACCCUCAACGAGGAGACAGCUCUCUACCUGGCCACCAGCCGGGGCAACCUGGACUGCCUGCUCACCCUGCUGCAGGCUGGGGCUGAGCCCGACAUCUCUAACAAGGCCAGAGAAACGCCACUCUACAAAGCUUGUGAGCGCAAGAAUGCAGAGGCUGCAAGACUCCUGGUGCAGUACAAUGCAGAUACCAACCAUCGCUGCAAUCGAGGUUGGACCGCUCUCCAUGAGGCCGUCUCCCGAAAUGAUCUGGAGAUCAUCGAUAUCCUGGUGAAAGGGGGUGCCAAGAUUGAGUCAGCAAAUGCCUACGGGAUCACUUCUUUAUUUGUGGCAGCUGAGAGUGGGCAAUUGGAAGCUUUGAGAUAUCUUGCAAGAUGUGGUGCUGAUAUCAAUACACAAGCCAGUGAUAAUGCCUCUGCUCUUUACGAAGCCUGUAAAAAUGGACAUGUGCCUAUUGUGGAAUUUCUUCUGUCCCAAGGAGCAGAUGCUAACAAAGCCAAUAAGGAUGGCCUGUUACCUCUUCACAUAGCAGCCAAAAAAGGGAUUUGCGAGAUUGUCUCCAUGCUGAUCCCUGUGACCAGUCGCACCCGUGUCAAGCGCAGUGGCAUCAGCCCCCUGCACUUAGCGGCCGAACGCAACAACGACGAUAUCUUGGAAGAGCUGAUAGAUGCUGGCUACGACGUCAACACUGCCCUCUCUGAUGAACGGUCCUGCCUUUACGAGGACAGGCGCACCACCCCACUCUAUUUUGCUGUUUUUAACAACAAUAUCUACGCCACAGAGCUGCUGCUGCAAGCUGGAGCCAACCCCAAUGUCGACCUCAUUAACCCAUUACUCAUCUCCAUCCGCCAUGGCUGCCUGAAGACCAUGAAACUGCUGCUUGACCAUGGGGCAAACAUUGAUGCCUAUAUAUCGAGUCAUCCCACCACAUUUCCAGCUACCAUCAUGUUUUCAAUGAAGUACCUUUCCGUGCUGAAGUAUCUCCUGGAUCUGGGCUGUGAUGCCGGUUCCUGUUUUGAGUGUCAGUAUGGAAAUGGCCCACACCCUGCACUGAAUUACAGGCGGGAAAGACUUAAUGAUCCUCAGGUGACCAGGGAGCCAACUGUAGUACAGUUUUGUGAAAUGGUGUCUACUCCAGAGAUAAGUCGCUGGGCUGGGCCGAUCAUCGAUGUUCUUCUGGAUUAUGUGGGUAAUGUGCAGCUCUGUUCCCGGCUCAAGGAGCAUAUUGACAGCUAUGAGGACUGGGCUGUCAUUAAAGAAAAAGCAGAACCUCCACGACCUCUUUCCCAUCUUUGCCGCAUCAAGGUCCGGAGCCUGGUUGGAAGAAACCGCAUUAAACUCCUUGACACGCUGCCUCUCCCAGACAGACUGAUCCGGUAUUUACAGCACGAUUACUCACACUGA